CGUUGCAUCUCCCAAACAAGAACUUGAGUGUUAUGGGAACUUAGCAUUUGAAAUCCACAUCUUAAGACUACUUAUCAGUUUUAGCAGUCAUCGCAAUGAGAAUCGAAUCCUUUCGAAAAAUCGGAAAUGAAGCCAAACCUGAACGAACAUGUGUUAGACACACUGAGCAAGAGCAACCACCUGAACCAUCUCAAACAACUCCAAGCAUACCUCACCACUCUGGGCCACGCCCACACUCACUUCUACGCCUUCAAGCUCAUUCGCUUCUGCACCCUCACUCUCUCCAACCCCACCUACGCGCGCCUCAUCUUCGACCACAUUCCUUCUCUCAACACCCACCUCUUCACCGCCAUGAUCACCGCCUACGCCGCCCAUCCCGCCACCCACCCCUCCGCUCUCUCCCUCUUCCGCCACAUGCUCCGCUCCCAACCCCCCCGCCCCAACCACUUCAUCUUCCCCCACGCGCUCAAAACGUGCCCGGAGUCAUGCGCCGCGGAAUCCCUGCAUGCCCAGAUCGUUAAAUCCGGGUUUCACGAAUACCCAGUUGUGCAAACGGCUCUUGUUGACUCCUACUCCAAGGUGUCGGGUGGGUUGGGGAAUGCGAAGAAGGUGUUUGAUGAAAUGUCUGACAGAAGUGUGGUGUCUUUCACCGCCAUGGUUUCUGGGUUUGCAAGGGUUGGGGAUGUUGAGAGUGCAGUGAGGGUGUUUGGUGAAAUGCUGGAUAGGGAUGUGCCGUCGUGGAAUGCUCUCAUUGCUGGGUGCACUCAGAAUGGGGCUUUCACUCAGGGGAUUGAGUUGUUUAGGAGAAUGGUUUUUGAGUGUAAUAGGCCGAAUGGGGUUACUGUGGUUUGCGCACUUUCGGCUUGCGGCCACAUGGGGAUGCUUCAGCUUGGGAGGUGGAUACAUGGUUAUGUGUACAAGAAUGGGCUUGCGUUUGACUCGUUUGUCUUGAAUGCGCUUGUGGAUAUGUAUGGGAAGUGUGGAAGCCUAGGAAAAGCAAGGAAGGUUUUUGAGAUGAAUCCGGAGAAGGGGCUGACUUCUUGGAACUCAAUGAUCAACUGUUUCGCGCUGCACGGGCAGAGUGACAGUGCAAUUGCCAUUUUUGAGCAAAUGGUGGAGGGUGGUGGUGGCGUGAGACCAGAUGAGGUCACCUUCGUAGGUUUGUUAAAUGCUUGUACUCAUGGCGGAUUGGUUGAGAAAGGUUAUUGGUAUUUUGAAAUGAUGGUUCAGGAGUAUGGGAUUGAGCCGCAGAUUGAGCACUAUGGGUGUUUGAUAGACCUUCUUGGUCGAGCAGGGAGGUUUGAUGAGGCAAUGGAUGUUGUCAAGGGUAUGAGCAUGGAACCAGACGAGGUUGUUUGGGGCUCAUUGCUUAAUGGAUGUAAGGUUCAUGGCCGAACAGAUUUGGCUGAAUUUGCUGCGAAAAAACUGAUUGAAAUAGAUCCACAUAAUGGAGGUUAUAGGAUUAUGUUGGCUAAUGUGUAUGGGGAGUUGGGAAAGUGGGAUGAAGUGAGGAAUGUGUGGAGGACAUUGAAGCAGCAAAAGUCUUAUAAAGUUCCAGGGUGCAGCUGGAUUGAGGUGGAUGACCAGGUUCAUCAGUUCUAUUCUCUUGAUAAAUCAAAUCCGAAGACAGAAGACUUGUACAUUGUCUUGGAAAGUCUAGUUGGUUUUAGAAAUGAAGUCAUGGGUGAACCAUAGUCCUUGAUCUCAUAAAUUUCUAAAUUUAACAUACACAUUUGGAAGAUUAAACAGAGACGAAGAUGCAAUGUCUUAAGUAAAUAGAAACAUAACUUUUUACAAAAGCCAAUGCCUCAACUAAUUCCUGGUAUGUACAGGACCAAGGAUUUUUGUGGGGAAACCUAAUUGUUUGAUGUAAUUACUCUCCUCUUGUUGCAGCUGUGAAGAUUUAUCAAAUGAACAGAGAAGCAGAAGGAAAGAAACAGAUUCUACUUUGGUUGUUUUGUGCUCCCUGUGAUUGUUAAAGCAGAGCAAGAUAAUUUUGGCUCAAAGCUUUUAAGGAGAAAAGAAAAUUUGGAAAGAAAACUAGUUUCGUUAGAAAUAAUAGCGGAAACACUAGGCAUACUGCCAUGCCUAUGUGUCCGAUUUUUAUUUUAUGUGUCUGAUUUUUAUUUCGUGUAUUUUUUUUUGAUAAAUUAAUAUAUUUUUACAAUUUAAAGAUCAGUGGUACUAGUACUAAAAAGCGCCUCAUUUUGUACGUCGGAAUGUGCCUUCUGUUUUGGUACUCAGAAAGAGUACUGGAAAAUUGAAAGCAAUGAGACUAUAUGGGUUGGACUUAGGCUAUAUCUGAAGUGUUUUUCUUGAAGCUGAUUGAAUAUAUAAGGUGCAAGGUUGUUGCUGUUAAUGUAUAUUAAUGUAAUUUGUUACCUGUUUU